AUGCUAAACCCUUGCUUGAUGUUCGAAGUGGAGCCUGUUGAAAGAAUCUCACCACGAGGUCAACUCGCGUGGAUCAAUGACACCAUAAUACACAUAUCAUCCUGUAACCGAGAGGUAAAAGCUUAUUCUUCAGUUGAUCAACGAUUGAAAAAUGAUGACCAAAAAGAUAAACAACACAAUGCUCCAGAUCUGAUUCGAGUGAGCAACUCGGAUCUGUCGGAACUGACGCUCCCACGGAGUUUGCGCUCGAUCCACUGUGAAUCGGCUUGGACGACGCUAGAGCCGAAUCGCGAGUCUCAAACCAAUGGUCUAGACUCGAUACUUUCAAGAUGCGCAGCAAAUCUCACCUCGUCUUCGUGGUUGUCGAAAACAAAAGGCGAAGCAUAUUCUGUGGAAUCCCAUAAAGCAGAGGACACAUCAUCGAAUUCUUCCAAUCAUUCGUCGACUUUGUCUCAAUCCAAAGCAUUUUCCCACGUGGAUGAAAAUCCCGAAGUUCAAGCCCCGAACGUGACUUUUGCUGCAACAAAAGAUAUUGAAAGAAGCCAAAAGACGAAUGAUCCAAGUAUUGGUGCUACUGGACAAAACUCGAUCUUUUCAGGAUACACAGCGUAUCUGAACUUGUUCGAGACAGAGGACGAAGCAUAUUCCGUGGCAUCCAUCACAGCAGAGGACACACCAGAAUCGGGAUCGACGCCCUUGUCUUCUCCAGUCAAAACAUCGUACCAAGAAGAGGAGGCGAAUUCCCAAAUCCAGGCUAGUAGUAGUAGCAGCAGCAGCAGUAGUAUUACUUUCAAGGUACUGACAACAAAAGAGGAUGUGGAAAGUCAGCACUUAUUCAUUGGUGAAAUGCCAAAGAUCGGAUCUCAUCAAUCGAAGUAUCGCAAUUCUUGCCUCCAAGAGACGGGUAGAAACGAAGAACAAUCGAGAGCAAGAACCAGUUCAUCAGAACGAGGCCAUGAAGUGACCAAGAAGCCUAGUACGAUAAAGGACGAAACUGAUAUUAAUAUUCGAACGACCGAAUCCACCAAUGGCGACAGAGUAGAGUCGUGUUGGAAAGAGAUGCAAGGGCAUGAAAUCAUUGAUACUACUAGGCAUUUGUCAUCAACGCCACUGACUGAAAAGGACUAUGAUACAACGAACGUCGGUCCACCACCAAGCAAUUUAGAAAAGGACAAUGCUGACAAAGGCCGCUGUGAAAUUUUUGACUCGGAGUUUGAAUGCAAUGAUGAGCACAAAGGUGUCCGAAUACUCGCCCUUCACUUGCUAACCUCCUGCUGGCCCAAGAAGACGACAAUGAGGAAGAAUAUGCAUGGAAUGAGGAGCAUUCCACAGGCACCAGAAACUGACCUUGACUCCUCCUCGACUUUUGGCAAUACCGACGACUCUCCGGUUGGAGAACUCGACUCAAGACGCUUCAAAACAACAAUUCGACCAAGAACAGGUUUUUCCAAGGUAUUGAAACGAUUGAAAAAGCACAAAGAACAACAACAAACAGUCGAGAUAUCGUUUCCAGAAACCACUCAUUCAGAAACUCAACCAGCAGAAUGUUUAGCAGCAGAGUGGGAGAUCGUUGACGAAACACUGGGGGGAGUGGUGGAGCUUUAG